AUGGGAGACCCUACCCAGACCGAGCCCAAUCACGCCCGCUCACUCACCGCACCACAACGAAGCUCCACGGGCACCCACAGCAGGGCUCUACUAAGCCCCAGCGCGGCAUCUGUGAACCACCAAAGACGCUUCGGCAGGCAGGUCCCAGGAUGGGAGACCAGAUACGGCACACACGGCCAGGGACUCACACCUGGGGGACCCCAGGGGACUAUAUUGGGCUAUUUGUUCCAUCGAAUGUACUAUCACGUUACAGUUUUUGCCACCUCAAAGCAAAAGGGUACAAGCAACUUACAUAGUUACGACAACACAACUACAACACAUACAUAA